CAGCAGCCCCCUCUACUGUGAAUCGCUUGUGGCUACAAGGAAGGAAAUCAUUGAAAAAGACGAGGAAAAAAUGACGUUAGGGAGAAUAGCUCUGGCACGCAUCCCGGCGACUAGGUGCAAAAUACACAGUCUCUUCUCUGCUCCACACUCGUCUUCUUCCACGAAUCGCACCUCUCCUCCACUAUCUCGCCACAUGAGCAUGAAGAGUGAAAAUCUGGUUUCGAAGCUAACUAGUUCUGGUCUAUUAAAGACCCAGGGUCUUAUCGAUGGAAAAUGGGUUGAUGCAAAUGAUGGUGACACUAUUAAGGUUCUCAAUCCGGCCACGGGUGAAGUUGUAGCUAUUGUCCCAUGCAUGGGCCAGAGCGAGACGAAUAAUGCUAUAUCAUCUGCCUAUGAUGCAUUUAGAUCAUGGAGUAAACUCACUGCUUCUGAGAGGAGCCAACGUAUACGAAAAUGGUAUGACCUACUAAUUGCUCACAAGGAAGAGCUGGGACAAUUAAUAACCUUGGAGCAAGGGAAACCUCUGAAAGAGGCCAUGGGUGAGGUUAGCUAUGGAGCUAGUUUUAUUGAGUUCUACGCAGAGGAGGCGAAACGUGUAUAUGGAGAUAUAAUUCCAGCGACUCUUGGUGAUCGUCGGUUAUUUGUUCUAAAGCAGCCUGUAGGUGUUGUUGGGGCAAUUACACCCUGGAACUUUCCAUUGGCAAUGAUUACUAGAAAGGUUGGUCCUGCUCUUGCUUGUGGUUGUACAGUUGUUUUAAAACCCUCUGAACUCACACCUCUCACAGCUUUAGCAGCAGCUGAGUUGGCCCUUCAAGCUGGAAUACCACCAGGUGUUCUGAAUGUGGUUAUGGGGAAAGCUCCUGAUAUUGGUGAUGCUUUACUAGCAAGUCAUGAGGUAAGAAAAAUCACUUUCACAGGAUCAACAGCUGUGGGAAAGAAGUUGAUGGCUGGUGCUGCUGGAACAGUUAAAAGGUUAUCUCUGGAACUUGGCGGCAAUGCACCCUGCAUAGUAUUUGAUGAUGCAGACCUAGAUGUGGCAGUUAAAGGAUCACUUGCAGCGAAGUUCCGUAAUAGUGGACAAACAUGUGUUUGUGCAAACAGAAUAAUUGUGCAAGAGGGUAUCUACGACAAAUUUGCAGAUUCUUUUUCAAAAGCUGUUCAGAGUAUGCAAGUUGGGGAUGGCUUUAGCGAAGGUGUGACGCAGGGUCCAUUAAUUAAUGAAGCUGCAGUCCAGAAGGUUGAAUCAUUUGUUCAAGAUGCCAUCUUUAAGGGAGCAAAAGUCCUCCUUGGGGGAAAAAGGCAUAGCCUUGGAAUGAAUUUCUAUGAACCAACCAUAAUUAGCAAUGUCACUGAAGCAAUGCUUCUAUCGAGGGAGGAAGUAUUUGGCCCAGUGGCACCUCUGUUGCGGUUCAAAACUGAGGAAGAAGCCAUCUUGAUGGCUAAUAACACAAAAGCAGGGUUAGCUGCAUAUAUUUUCACAAACAAUGUUCAACGUUCAUGGCGUGUCACUGAAGCUCUUGAGUAUGGACUUGUUGGUGUCAAUGAAGGACUUAUUUCAACAGAGGUAGCUCCAUUUGGAGGAGUUAAACAAUCUGGUCUUGGACGGGAAGGCUCCAAGUAUGGAAUGGAUGAAUAUCUGGAGAUGAAAUAUGUCUGCUUAGGCGAUAUGAACAGAAAAUGAGGUUCAAGGCAAUUAAAGCGGCUCAUAAUCUGAAGGUAGCUGGAUUUUGGGGAGAGUGUGCAGUCUCGACUUUCUGAAUCUUAAGCGUAGAAGAUGACCAGCAAACAGGGCAUCACAACAUGUGUACGUAAAUAAAUGCAAGUUUGCACCAUUUCCCAGAUAAAUUAAUAACGUAUCUUGCUGCUGUCUGUUCUAAUUCUAAACCCUUUCAUCGAGAUAGUUUUCUUUUUCCUUGCUUCUGGGUAAUACUUGUGAUCCUUUUUAUGCGCAAAUGGUUAAUUGCCUUCUCUUUUCUUCUGUUA